GUUCGGAAACCGAAACGAUCCGGUGUUCGAGCGGAAAUUUUACACUUUCUGUUUUCCCAAAAGGAAGUGGGUCUGCGAAUGUGGCUGGAUGAGUUAUGAUGGAGAGCAGAGAUGAUGAAGAGGUUACAAAUGGCCAUCACAUUCAGCAAUCUAAUGCUGCUGAACAUUCUUCCAGUUCAACACGUGGAAAUUCAAACGAGAUGGAUGUGGAGGAGGAUGACAUCUUUAAACACUCCACUACUUUGACCAACAAGCAGCGUGGGAAUGAAGUAACAGUACGUCCAGCAACAUUAGACUCUCUGUCCAUACAUCAGCUGGCAGCUCAGGGUGACGUUUUACAAGUGGCUGCACAUGUAAGUAAAGACAGUUCAGUGCUCACCACGCAGGAUGAUCGGGGUUUUACACCCCUCAUGUGGGCGGCUGCGUUUGGCGAAAAAGCAAUGGUGGACUUUCUCUUGGAAAAGGGUGCGGAUCCCAAUGCAAUCGCAAGGGAGCGAGAGAGCGCCCUGACUCUGGCCAGCUCUGGCGGCUACGUGGACAUCGUCGAGUCUCUCCUCAGACAUGGAGUGGACAUUAACACCUACGACUGGAAUGGUGGAACUCCUCUUCUUUAUGCUGUACGAGGGAACCACAUCAAAUGUGUAGAAGCUCUGCUUGCCAAAGGAGCAGAUAUGACCAUAGAGUCAGACUCUGGCUACAGUCCGAUGGCCUUAGCUGUUGCACUUGGGCACAAAAAACUUCAGAAAGUGUUGGAGGACCACAUCUUGAAACUCUACAAGCCAACAUGACGUCAAAAACCCAACAUGAUGUCAAAAAGCCAACAUGACGUCAAAAACCCAACAUGAUGUCAAAAAGCCAACAUGACGUCAAAAAAACCCGCAGAAACAUUAGGCAGAAGACGCUUCGCUCACAUCCGUGCAACAUUAAGAGACGGUAAAAACAUCCGUCACGUCGACAAACCACAACAGAAGACAGAAAUGUAAAUAAAUGGAUUUAUUUAUGCACUUACAGUUUAAAAAAAAAAAAAAAACUGAUUUUUUCUUUUUGUUUUUUAAUGACAAUUUACGUAAAAACUAUUUUGAAAGAAUGAAUAAAAUGUCAAUUGUUCUGUAGAAUUGUUCUGAAUGGAAUUGGGGGGGGGAAUUAAGCUUUAAUAAAAUGCUAUUUUUC